AUAUCUCCUCCUAGCAACUGGAACGUUUACCCUGGAUACCUCAGACUUGGGGUGUUGCAGUUAAGAUUAUCAUUCCUAUGCAGUCUCACGAUGGAAACCAGCUCUGGCGUCCUGGCCAGUCCCUGUGGAGCCUGGUCGCUGAACAUGUUCCUGGGUCAGAGUUGCCAAAGAUCCAAGCAGCACUGGGCCACUCCCUGGUGGACAUGUACACAGAGGUGCACACUGAGAUGGAGAUGUGGCACAAGAUGUGGCAAGAGAGCCAGCAAGGAAACAAUCGCAGCAGGACAGGGACCCCGCUCCCACGUCAGCAGGCCUCCCCUCUAGCCGACCCCCCUGCCGUCAAAGAGCUGGUGAGAGCCGAGGUGAAGAUGUUACUGCAGACUCUCAGCGAGAGAGCCAGCAGGGAAGGGAGAGAUGGCGAGGAGCUCCUGUUUCGGUACAAACCUGAGACGGUGGACUACGCCCUGAGUCACCUUGACAGCUGUUACAGAAACUGUACAAACCCUGAAAAUGCUAACAACAUAAGCAGACCGAGCUCUCACUGUUCAGUCCAGUCUAAUACUGAAGAUGAGAUUGAGGCAAUGAAAGACAAGUUGAAUGUCAUUGACAUUGACCAGGUGGUGGACCGCCUCAGGUCUAUCCUAAUGGAGGAAUGUGAAGCAUUGAACAGGCUGGUGAAGCAUUUCAAGGGAAAUAUAAAACACAAGUGUUGGAGUCAAUGGGAAUUUGAUCAAUCAGAACCUACACUUGCAGAUUUGAAAGAGCUAAGAGGAGCUAUACAAAUGGACUUGGAUCUUUACCCCUCUUCGCUUGCUACUUUACCUUCAGCUUCCUGCCCUCUCCCUUUGAAUCAAUUGAAAAACAGACUGUCAGCAGGACAAAGGGUUUCUGAUGAGACUCUGCGAUCUUUAAGCGCUACAUCAGCCCUAAGACCACAUCCACCUCCUCCUCUGUGCCAUACUAAACCCAGGCCACCGCUCGGGGGUCCUCCUAACAAGCCAUCUGCAUCAGUUAAACUCGUUAACAGUUUAUCACCGUCUAGGACUCAUGGACACCAUAGAAGCACAUUAGCCUCCACUGGAGCUAGGAAAACACAAACACCUAUCUGCAGCAGGAUCGUCACUUCUGGGCAAGCAAACCACCAUGUCCUCACUUCAAUCCCAGGGCCUGGCAGUGACCAGAUGACGGUUAAAACCGUACACCAUGACAAUCUUUCCUCAGAGCAAGAUGGUGGUGGUCUCCACUGCAUGACCCCAACUUCUAGUCCAAGUUUUCAAAUAAAACCUCCAAGAAAGUCACGCAUCCAUGAAACCCAUUUGUCAUCCUAUCGCAGUGUUCACAGCCUGAGCGGAAAGUGUGAUUUGUCACCACAGAUGAAGAGAAAUGGCAGCCCGGCCUGGAGGUCAAGAAACAUCAAUACUACCCCCUCAACCCCUAACUUGGAUGCAGGCAGUAACAGCAGCAAUGCUGACCAUCCUGUGUCAACGACUGGGAAAUCAAAGACACAAAAUGAGCGACAGAAUAGUACCUGUGGAGGUAGUUUAGUGUCAACAACAGUGCAGACAUAUAAUGACAGAAGGAAGAGUACUUCUGAGAGGUUUCAGUCUGAAACUGGGAGCUCUUCUGCACAUACUGGCAGUAGGAACAGCAACAAUGGAAUGGAUAGAAGUACAAAUGGUCAUCUUGGUAAAGACGUCAUCCAACAGCAAAGCCUAGUAGCCACAUGCACCCAUCCAGCGUUGAUACGGAUAAAUGGACAAUUCUUUACUUCCCACAAAAGACCACUUGAGGGCACCACAAGUCAGCAAAUCAGCGAGUUUUACCAGCCAGUCCCUCCUGCAAUGUCAACUUGAAGUCAGCCACAGACCAGAGCAGAAAGAUAGUCUGGUAGUUAGUGCCAUUGACCUGUUGUAUUAAGAAAAAAAGGGAAGAAAAAUAAAGAUAGUAUGUUGCAGCAAGAA